AUGAGCACAACCCUCGCGAUCAACAAAGACGACGAAGUUCGCCUCGUGCCGGUGCCCUUGGGACCCGGGGAAUCAUUGUCGUGGCCGUCGGAUCUCACCGGUCGCCACGUCUUUACCAUCUCCUGGCAGGAGAAACCACUGCAGAUAAUGGCUGGGAGCUUCAGACCGCUGAGGCUUUGGGACCAGAAAAUCGUCCGCGAGGACGGUAAGCACACCAAAGCCGAGCCACCCACCCUUCACAACUACUGCGGCCCGUUUACCGUCCGGGUGAAGCGCGUUAUCGACUUCCCUAUCAAGCCAUUCACACCGGAUAUGCUGAAAGUGAUGGCGAGGGUGGGCAACCGCUGCGACAUUCUCGACGUGAGCGUGCGCUGGGAGAUCGCCGAGCCUGCGAUCACGAGAAUGACCGGUGUCAAGAAACUCACCUUCCACCUCGGCAAUGUGGAAGACGUCGGAAAGCUGUUGGACUGGCUUGCUUCCCCGCGCGCGAAGGACGAUCGUCCGAACUUGCCGUUUCUCUACACCCUCAACAUCACCUGCGAUGGCGGGUGCGACCUUGACAAGCUCGUGAAGUGCUUCGUCCAACGGAGAUCGUCUGAGAAAGUCUCUUUGCGCUGUCGUCUCUCUUCCUUCCAUUUCAUGGUAUUAUGUGGUUCACUGACGAAUCCGCACUCGAUUGCGAAGAAAACUCAGAAGAGUGAGUACCUCACAAUCGGGAGCAUUCCCGGAUUCGUCCAGUGCAUUUGUCAGGUGUGCGGCCAGCGCGUGAUCAGCGGCGAUGGCCAGAAACGACACCGACUAAGCCACUUGUCGGACGAUGCUCCGAAGGCCGAGGAGACGAAAAGGCCUCACAGAUGCAGGUACUGCAUGCAAGGCUUCGCGCAGAAUGGGACGAUGCUCAGUCAUAUUAGGGCGAAACAAGGCCCGAAGAGCAAUCCAACGUCCCAAAAGUCUGUGGCAAGAGGACAGGCGUCGAAGAAGCGGCAGGUCACGCCGACGACUGCGAUGCCUCAAACAGACGACGCGUCCACGGCGGAAACGACGCAGGCGCCGACGCCUCCUGAGAGUGAGCUACGACCUACUGCGCCACCACAUUCGAGCUCAACUCCUCGUGUCCCGUUCAACGCGCCAAGCUUCCCUUUCACCUUCGCUGCUGACACGACGGGCGCCGUCGACUUCUUCUCAAUCAACUCAUCUGAGCAACACGUGGACUCUCUGGAUGCUACGCCCGCUGGAGCCUUCACUCUGCCCGACCACGAUUCGCUGCACGGCUACGGUGAAGAAUAUGCGGCUGCUCUCAAGAUGCAGGCUCCGGCAAGCGACUUCGUCAAUGAGUUUCUUCCUCAGGUGAAAAUCGAACCGGACUUCGCGGAGACCUUCGACGACCCUGGCUCCCUUGCUCAUCCCUUCGCGCCGAUCGCUCCCUCCUUCGGCAGUAUCUUCUCCGACUCGACUUCAUUUCCGAUUACCCCAACGCCCACGCUGCUUACAAGAGCGACCGCAGCCGCUUCAACAUCCGCGGCUGUACCUUACGACAUCACGUCGACUCCGGAAACGUCUAUUGCGAAUUCGGCCUCUUCCUCCUCAUGGUAUUUCGAGCGCAACCUCGACGCGUGCAACUUCGACGCCCUCCAAUCUGGCUUCGACGCCGACGCGAAUUACGAUGCAAACUUCGAGGCAUCGACCUAUCACUGGCAGCAAAUGCUCGAGCCUUGUCCGCAUGCGGCCGGCGAGUUUUUCGAGCACGAAGGCUUGGCAUCUUCCUACGCACCAGCGACAGCGUAUGAUGAUGUGGGCGAGCAGAACCUCACUGAGAUGCGGUUGCAGAUGCUGUACGCGACGCAGACAAAGGAAUAUACGACGCAGGCAUCGGCGUACGCGAUGGACCACGGCGGCUGGCCGACGCAGGCCUAUAACGGUGAGGGUUCGUCUUCGGUGGAUUAUUCCGCGUCCUACUUUGGGACCUUCACGCCGUCAUGCCGUUUUGAUGACUGGCCUUAG